AUCUCCACAUGAUAACACUUCCUUUUUUACGUACGGAGGUUUUCAGGGUUUCUUCAACUUGCGUCCCAAGCUUUAAUAUAUAUAUAUAUAUAGGCUGCUCGAAGAGUUUGAUCAAAGCUGUUCAUCUCUCUUUGUGCCGCUUCAGGUGAUUACACAUUUUUCUCCAGAAGGAAAAAACAAGCAGAGAAAAUCCGAGAGACAUAUCAAAAUGGUUCGGAUGAGCAGAUGCGGUCUUCUGUUUCUGAUGAUUAUACUUUCGGAUUCCACCACAUGCCAUUGCUGGGGCUGGUUCUCAUCUUCUUCUGCAGAAACCGGAACUCACCAUGAAAACCCAGAUUCUUCUUGCCCUAAAACUCACCGCUCCAAUUCCGAAUUCUCCAUGGAAGUGUUCAGCGAUCGGAAAGCGGUCCAAGCCCUUGAAAACGCCCAAACUAAGCUCGUGGGGCCAAACAGUUGCUGGCAGAAUGCUUACGGGUAUCUCUUCUCUGGUUGCAAGGAGAUUGUGGCCACCGAAGAGAAGAGGAAGCGAUUUGCUUGGCAUCUGAGCGAUUGCUUCCUUCGGGACUCGGGAAGGCGAGCUUUCCCGACCUGCAGUGAUAAAUCCACAAUGGUGAAUUGCAUCCAGAAACUAGAUGACCAUGAACAUAAGAUCUAUCUCGAGUUCUUGCUCGAAACCAACACUAUCUGCUACCAAUUACAGAGCUAUGCGUUCAAAAACGACAUAGAGAGGUUGGUGAAUGAACUGAGAAGAUCGGCAGAAGAUACAGAGGAUAAACUGGAUAUCCUAGAGAAGAAAUCUGAUCUUCUGAUGGAGAGAUCGAGUGUGAUCCAUGAAUCUUUAGGUUCGAUAGAUCUCCGAGUUCAAGGUGUGGCACAGAUGACAAACACCCUCGAAACUCAUAUGAGUGGACUGUCUCAGCACGCAAAUGAAAUAUAUCGAGAAGCAAAGAACAUUGCAGAAUCACAAUGGGUGCUAAGGGAAGGACAAGAGAAGAUGAGUGAGACCUUGAAGGAUGGGAUGGACAUGCUCAGUGAUGCAUACGAUAAUCUCGGGGAAGGAAUCGAUAAAUUGAAGAACGAAACGCAUGAGAUUGAGGGGGAGAUUACCAAACUCGGGAGUUCGAUAUCUUCCAAGAUGAAUGAUCUGCAGAGGAAAACAGAUGAUAUCGGGACUAUGGCCGGCAGUUCUCUGGAUAAGCAACAGAUGCUUCUAGAUGGGCAAUCGGUGGCUCUCGAGGGUCUUCAGUUUCUGACCCGGUUUCAGUCCGAGGCACUGCAAGAGAGCAGGAAUACCUUGGAAAGACUAGCAGAAUAUAGCCAGAAACAGCAGGAGGAGCUUGUCAAGAGGCAAGAACAGCUUCAGCAGGUUCAUGAUCACCUGUUUGAAAGCUCCAAAUCGAUUUUGGCAGCACAGGUCAGACAUUCAAGACUUAGCAAAUUCUGAAAGCUAGCAUGAUAACAUUGUUAAACGGCUAAACUGAUAAUAAAACCAUUUCACAGGAAGCGUUUGAGGCGAAACAAGCAAGCAUGUUCAUAGCUCUGGAUAAGUUAUUCGCGUUGCACAAUGCAAUGCUUGUUG